AUGGGCACCCCCGGGGCCGGUCUGCUCUGCCUGCUUGCGACGGUGCUCUGCCUGACAGGCUCCCAGGCCCUGCGAUGUUACAGCUUCGAGCACACCUACUUUGGGCCCUUCGACCUCAGUGCCCUGAAGCUUCCCAGUGUCUCCUGCCCCCAGGGCUGCUCUGAGGUUGUUCUGACGCUGGACACUGGGUACCGCGCCCCGGUGACCAUGGUCCGGAAGGGAUGCUGGAGCGGCCCGACCAGCGGCCCGAUGCUGUCCAACCAGGAGGCGCUGCCGCCCGACUACGCGGUGGUGCGCGGCUGCUCCACGGACCUGUGCAACGUGGGCCUCUCCACGCACGACAGCGUGCCCGACCUGAGCCGAGUGCCCGACCCGCCCGCGCUGAGCGGCGCCGAGUGCUACGCGUGCCUGGGGGUGCGCCCCGAGGACUGCGCCGUGGACAGGUCCCGCAGAGUCCAGUGCCACCAGGACCAGAGCGCCUGCUUCCAGGGCAACGGCCGGAUGACCAUCGGCAAUUACUCCACGCCCGUGUUCAUCAGGACCUGCCACCGGCCCGCCUGCACCACCGAGGGCACCAGCAGCCCUUGGACCGCCAUCGACCUGCAGGGCGCCUGCUGCGAGGGCCGGCUCUGCAACGGGGGCUCCGUGACUCAGACCUUCGUGAGCGCGGCGUCCCCAGCCGCCCCCCGGGCGCCCCGCAGCGUGGCCCCGUGCCUGCUGGCUCCCUUGCUGGCCAUAGCUCUGGGGGGCCCCCUUGGGCUGUCUGUGUAG